GUGCGCCCGCAGCCAUGUCCGGCAUGGACUCCUCGGUGUACAUCGUGGUGGAGCUGGCCAUCGCUGUGCUGGCCGUGCUGGGCAACGUGCUGGUGUGCUGGGCCGUGUGGCUCAACAGCAACCUGCAGAACGUCACCAACUUCUUCGUGGUGUCGCUGGCGGCGGCCGACAUCGCCGUGGGGGUCCUGGCCAUCCCCUUCGCCAUCACCAUCAGCACCGGGUUCUGCGCCGCCUGCCACAGCUGCCUCUUCCUCGCCUGCUUCGUGCUGGUGCUCACGCAGAGCUCCAUCUUCAGCCUCCUGGCCAUCGCCAUUGACCGCUACAUCGCCAUCCGCAUCCCCCUCCGGUACAACGGCUUGGUGACGGGCGCCAGGGCCAAGGGCAUCAUCGCCAUCUGCUGGGUGCUGUCCUUCGUCAUCGGCCUGACGCCCAUGCUGGGCUGGAACAGCUGCGGCCAGCCCAGGCCCAAGGAGGACGGGAACCGCUCGCAGGUCUGCGGGGAGGGCCAGGUGGCCUGCCUCUUCGAGGAAGUGGUGCCCAUGAACUACAUGGUCUACUACAACUUCUUCGCCUGCGUCCUGGUGCCCCUACUGCUCAUGCUGGGCAUCUACCUGCGCAUCUUCCUGGCGGCGCGGCGGCAGCUGAAGCAGAUGGAGAGCCAGCCGCUGCCGGGCGGGCGCACGCGGUCCACGCUGCAGAAGGAGGUGCACGCCGCCAAGUCUCUGGCCAUCAUCGUGGGGCUCUUCGCCCUGUGCUGGCUGCCCCUGCACAUCGUCAACUGCUUCACCUUCUUCUGCUCCGGGUGCGGGCACGCCCCGCCCUGGCUCAUGUACCUGGCCAUCAUCCUCUCCCACUCCAACUCCGUGGUGAACCCCUUCAUCUACGCCUACCGCAUCCGCGAGUUCCGCCAGACCUUCCGCAAGAUCAUCCGCAGCCACAUCCUGAGGCGGCGGGAGCCCUUCAAGGCGGGCGGCCCCAGCCCCCGGGCCGGG